UGACACGAUCCAUUUGCCCAUUGAUAUUCAUUAAGAGAAUAGAUCUUUGGUUGGAGUACUAGUACUUCGUAAUAUUGAGUUAUAGGACAAAACUUGAAAAGUGCAAAACCUCAAAAAAUCGAAGAAUUAGAAUGGCAAAAGAGAUGGAGAAAGCAAAGACACUGAUCAAGAUCUUUGUUUUCUCUCUCCUUAUCACUCUUACAUUCUCCUUUCCCGAUUUUGGAUCAGCUCGUGUUGUUUUCCAGCUAUGCUGUUCUUGUUGGUUCUUGCUGCAGACAAAUUAUGGAGAUGUCGAAUUUGGUUUCUUUCCUAGUGUGGCCCCCAAAACUGUUGAGCACAUUUUCAAACUUGUUCGCUUGGGAUGCUAUAAUACUAAUCAUUUCUUCCGGGUGGAUAAGGGUUUUGUAGCUCAAGUAGCUGAUGUAGUAGGAGGCAGAACAGCCCCUAUGAAUGCUGAGCAGAGGAAGGAAGCUGAGAAAACUGUUAUAGGUGAAUUUAGUAAAGUCAAACAUGUUAGGGGUAUCCUGUCAAUGGGGAGGUACGAUGAUCCAGACAGUGCAUCAUCUUCCUUCUCUAUACUUCUCGGUGAUGCACCUCAUCUUGAUGAAAAGUAUGCAAUCUUUGGCAAGGUCAUCAAGGGUGAUGAGACAUUGAGAAAGCUAGAGGAACUUCCUACUCGAAAAGAGGGCAUAUUUGUAAUGCCUCUGGAGCGGAUCACAAUUUUGUCUUCUUACUACUAUGAGGUGAAUAGUGAAACAUGUGAAGAAGAUAGAUCAAAUCUAAGAAGACGUUGGCCGCUUCAUUUCUUGAAAUUGAGAGAUGGAGAAUGAAGUGCUUCCCAUAGUUCAGUAGGAAUAAUGACAGAAAAAAGGAUUGUAGACUACAAUGCUCGGAUUUGGCGAUGAGUUUCCUACACAGGUAAUUGUCCAAGUUAAAUUCCUAUUCCGAAAACUAGCAAGUAGCAAGUUAUCUACAUGGAUGUCGAAAUGUCAAGUAAAUAGAGAUGAGGAUUGAGAGUGAAAUGAGAAACGGGAAAUAGAAUCACAGCCCUCAGAACCAAGCAUGUCGCGUAGAAUUUCUUCUGAAACAAGACAUGUGCAUCUUUUCAAGCAAGUGGUAUCGGCUUGAUUGUCUUGAGGUUGCCAUCUUGUUGCGAAAAGUAGAAACACCAACACUCACUCAAUCUUGAAUCAGAGAUAUACUCGUAUAGUCGUAUUAGCGUUGCAUCUUGUUUAGCUUGCCCUGUAUAUGAAGUCAACCUGGACUGUAUAGUAUCACCGUUAUAUUCAUGUCUUGUUCUUGUUGUCAGUAGACAACUUCAACUGCAGUGGGGCUAUCUCUUUCGUCCUCUUAGUGAAACAAUUGACACUGA